AUGUUAAUAAAAGUUUAUUUACCUACGUUAUUACAUGUUGGUUAUUUGUUUAAUACAAUACAAUGCAUAAAUAUAAUAAAUUAUCUUAUAUUUGGGGGGUCUGAUAAAGAUUCUCCUAAUAAAAACUCCAGUGAUAAUAAAGAGGAAAAAAAUAAAAAGAUGGAAGAAUAUAUUGAUGAAAAGAUGAAAAUAAAUUUGCGUAGUAAAAAGAUAAAUAGUUUGAAACCAAUAUAUACAAAUACUGAAUUAGAAACGAAUUAUUAUAUAGAUAAUAAUGAGACAUUUAAGAAAUUAUAUGCUAACUAUCCAAUAUGUGAAGCAAAAUAUAAAUUAGUUGAUAAAUUAAAAUCAUUUAAAAUUUUUAAAAAAUUAAUGACAGAUAAACCUAAAAAAAUUAUUUUAUUUAAAACAUGUAUAAUAGAAUUAUAUGGAAUGUUAUCCGUAACAAUAAGAAAUGUAAAUAAUUUCUCAUCAGUAAUAGCAACAGUAUAUGGAUAUGUUCCAUUUUUAAUAAUGAUUUUAACAGUAUUUAGUUUCAUAAUUACUUUUAAUAAAAACUUACUUUAUAUUAUUUUUAUAAUGCCUACACAAACCUUAAUUAGUGAUUUAUUUUUAAAAAGAAUAUUUAAAAAACCAAGACCAAUUAAUAGUGCCUUACCAACUUAUGGUAUGCCAUCAAGUCAUAGUUCCUUUGCAAUAGCUUUAUUAACUUAUCUUUUACUUCAUAUUACAGAACACAAAAAAGACAAAUGGAGUAUUAUUACAUAUGUAAUAGCUACUCUUACCUUACUCCCCAUACCUUGGAGUCGUGUUGAAGUUGAAGAUCACACCGUAUUACAAGUUAUAGUUGGUUCUCUUGUAGGUAUGGGUUUUGGAUUUAUUUUCUAUUUUAUGAAAAAGUAUUUUUUUAAACAUAAGGAUUCUUAA